AUGGCUCGCUUCACCAAGCACACCAAGAUAAAUCAAGUUGUUGCAGUACCAACAAACUUUCCGCUCUACGCAUGCUCCAUAGUGCCUUUUCAGGUGCUCCGUGAAAGAGUGGGUAACAGAGAUCAGAUGUCAGAUGCUAUUGGGAUGUUUACUAAGUGCUCGCGCAUUGCAAAGAAAUCAACAAGAAAUGGAAUACAAUCACUGGUCAAUGUGCACAUUACCGAUGGCAGAGACAAUGAUGUGCUUGCCUUGUGGGGAUCACACGCAGAGAGGUUCGAUGCGCAGGCCCUCAUGGAAAUGAGCAAGGAUACUCCUGUGGUGCUCCUUUUUGUUGGUGUGACUUCAAGCACUUUUGAUGGUCGCCUCACACUUCAGUGCUCCACAACAGCCGCAUGGUACGUCAAUCCUUCUCUACAAGAAACAGCAAUGCUGCAGCAGAGUUUGGAGCUGCUGUUGGCCAGCCAUAUUGGAUAG